AUGCUGCAAAAACUCAGCGAAGGCACGAGAGCGGGCUACGAGGGGGGAUGGCGGCUCUGGGUAGCCGUGCGCCAGGCGCAGGGACUCAGCCCUUGGCUCCCAGGACGCGACCGCGAGGAGCGCCUGGCCGACGAGGAGGCGCUCAUCAACUUCGCCGGGACCAUCAAGCAGAAGCUCUUCGCGGUGCGCUACGCCCACCUGGUGGCUGGCUACUCGGACCCUUUGCUCCACAGAGGUCGCCUUUGGAGCACCCUGGCGGGGCUGAAACGCUGGCAGGGACCCGAGACCAAGCGGAAGAAGCCCGUCAUUCCAGCCAUGCUCGAGUGGCUCCGCGCCCUUCUUCAGCAUGAGGCCAAGCUCCCCGAGGAGGAUGCGGUAGUCAUCUGGGCGGCAAUUUUGACGGCGUUCUUCUUUCUCCUGAGGGCCUCAGAGUACCUCCUUCAGGACGGGCGCUCAUGGUCAUUCGAGCGCGUGCUGCAUGGGGAGGACGUAGAGCCCAGGAAGGCCGGGAAGCGCGUGCCCAGCUUCCAGGACGCCGACGAGAUGGUGAUCUACAUCAAGGGCAGCAAGACGGAUCAGCUCAACGUCGGGACGGUGAGGAACCACUACCGCGCCGGCACGACGCUCUGCCCGAUCGCGGCGAUGGAGCGGCUCCAGGCUCACCAUCCCCAGCGGAUAGAGGGCGCCGAAGAAAGGCUGCCCCUUUUCCGCUGGGCGUCAGGUACACCGAUUCGCAGGGCAGAGAUGCAGCACUUCCUGACGGUCGCGGGGCUGGCCGCCGGCCUCUCUAGGGAGGAGAUCGGCAGCCACUCCUUGAGGAUCGGCGGGGCAACCGCGAUGUACCACGUGACCGAGGACCUCUCCCGGGCGCGCCGGUUCGGGCGCUGGCAGUCGGACGCGUUCCACGGCUACCUGUGGGAGUCGCACGAGCCGAUGAAGGGCAUCUCCGGCAAGAUGGCCAGGGGCACCUCCUCGCUGACCAACCCGGCGAAGGACAGCAACCCCCGCAGGGCUGCCGCCGGCGCCGAGGGCGCCAGGCGUGAGAGCCCAUGA